UUUGAAACUUUGGGAGAGAGAGAGAAAACGUGGGAGAUAGAGAUACGUUGCUACAAAAGUCACAUUCCUUCCUUCUUCCUACAUUCAAAGUUUCUCUCGUUGACUUUUCGCUCCCAAAUCCCAAAUCAGAGAUUGAUUCAUCAAAAGCUUCCAAAUUGUCUGUGUUUCAAUGGAGUCGAUCAACAACUUGAAAGGAUACGGCAAAGUAUCCGACCAAGAAAACCAGAUUCUUCAAUCUCCACUCCCUAAACCACCUUCCCGUAAAACCCUCAUCGCCACCGUCUCCGUCGUAUGCUUCCUCUUGAUCCUCACCGUCGUCGCUUUAACCGCCGGAGCAUUCACUCGUCCUUCACACCAUCCUCCCGUCUCCUCCGCGUCUCUCAAGGAAGUCUGUGCCUUGACUCGUUACCCAGAGACCUGCCUCGAUGCUCUAUCUUCUUCUCUCAACGAAUCGAACCCUGAAUCAAUCCUCUUGCUAUCGAUUCGAGUCGCUUCUCAAAAGGUCUCAAGCCUCUCCAUGUCUUUCCGAUCAAUCAACGAUAUGCCUGAGGAAGCGGCGGUCGGCGACUGCGUGAAGCUGUACACCGACGCGCUGAGUCAACUCAACGAGUCGGUAUCGGAGAUCGAGAAGGAGAAGAAUAAGGGAGGGGAUUGGUUGACGAAGAGGGUCGUCGGAGAUGUCAAGACGUGGAUUAGCGCCGCCAUGACUGAUGGUGAGACUUGCUCCGAUGGGCUUGAAGAGAUGGGAACGACGGUGGGAAACGAGAUCAAGAAAGAAAUGGUGAUGGCGAAUCAGAUGUUGAGCAUUAGCUUGGCCAUUGUUAGUGAAAUGAAGAAGCUUUUGUUGAUUCUUCACUAAAACCAAAACAUAGAAAAUCAAAAAGGUUGAAACUUUUUCUUCUUCUUCUUCUUCUUCUUCUUCUUCUUCUUCUCUUCUUCUUCUCUGUUUCUGUGUUUGAAUGUCUUAUACUCUGCUUUCUGUUCUUGCUCUGUAAUUAAUGACUACAUUGAUUUUAUUUUUGGUAUGUAAUUUGAUAAGAGGGAUGUAUCAAACUUGUCGUAUUUUACAUUCAACCCCAGAAUUCUCAAUCUAUUUCAGUUUCCAUC